AUGUACAAGGUCCUUGCCAAAGUACCAUAUCCAUAUCCCCUGCUUGAAGCUGCUAUUGACCAAACAGUCAAAGCCACAGAGGCUCACAUACUGGAGGCCAAAGUUACUCAAUUGUGUGGGGUCCAAGAUCAAUGCUGUGUUGGUGUUUUGCAAUUGCACAGUGCCAAUGGAGGUUCAGGGAAUGGGACUUGCAGUGCAAGGUUACAUUAUCUAGUAGGGACUAACCAGCAUCAGGACCAUGAGAUUAUUUCCCAUCUUGCUGAAGCUGACAUGAUCAUGGCCAACUUGGAAUGCACAAAUAGCAGGGUUGCAACCAUCAAGCAGCAACAUGAAGUGCUCCAUGGAGAGAUUGAGACAUUGCACACUGGCAGUGAAAGCAAGCUUGAGUCCAAGUGCACAAGACUUGAAGGUGCUGUUGAUGUUGCAUGA